ACCUGCUAAAAAAUCUUCCUCCAGGACCCUUCAGUUUACCUAUCAUUGGGAACCUAAAACUUGUUAUGGUCGCAGAGGACGUUCGUAAACUCCGUAAGACAUAUGGGGACAUCUUUAAAGUGAGAGCUGGAUGUGUAGAUAUGACUUUCAUCUGUGACUUUAAACUGGUGAAAGAAGCUUUUUCCAAGAUAGAAUGUACUGAUCGUCCUCACUGGGAGACCGUACAUUUCCUUACUGAUGGAAAGGAAACAGGUGUGAUAAUGACUAAUGGACAACAUUGGCAGAAUGCACGAAGGUUCUUGCUACGUAAUCUGAGGGACCUGGGGAUGGGAAAAUCUUAUCUGGAGGUUCCCAUACAGGAGGAGGCACAGAUGCUGGUCAAUGAUUUCCGGAAAUAUGAUGGCAAGGCAGUUCCUCUGCCCAACUCUAUUAACAUAGCAGUUCUCAAUGUUAUUUGGCAACUUGUGGCAAGUCGUCGCUAUGAGCUGGAUGACAAGGACAUCACUUCCUUUAUUGCACUCAUAAAAUCCUUUCAAGAAGACACCAGUGCUUUUAUUCUUCCAAUCUUCUUUCCUAUACUAAAUUAUCUCCCAAGAUUUCUCACAAGAAAACUUUUUAGAUUUGAUAUAAUAGACAAGGUUAAACAGAAUGCCUUGGGGCUCUUGGGGGGUAUUAUAGAGUCUCACAAAGCCAAAUUGGACCCCAGCAAUCCACGUGACAUAGUCGAUAAAUAUCUUCUCGAGAUGAACAAGAAAAGUGACAUUGCUUCAUUUUUCAGUGAACUGGAUCUGAUAAGAAACAUAUUUGACUUGUUCUCUGCGGGAUUUGACACCACUUCUAACAUGCUACGCUGGAUGUGUUUAUACAUGGCUGCCUACCCAGAUGUUCAGAAGAGUGUGCAGAAAGAGAUUGAUGAUGCAGUUCCCAGAGACAGGUUGCCAUCACAACAGGAGAAGCCACAACUGCAGUACUUGGAGGCUGUGAUCCAUGAAGUUCUUCGCAUGUCUUCCCUCAUUCCGUUCAGCGUCAGUCAUUUUGUAACACAAGAUAUAGAGCUUGGAGGUUAUGUCUUACCCAAGGGUAUGACCCUUCAAGCAUGUUCUGUGAUAUGUCACGAGGAUCCCAGCUACUGGCCAAACCCUCACAAAUUUAACCCGAGUCGCUUCUUGGACAACAAUGGGAAGUUUGUGCCUAAGAAAGAAGGUUUCUUGCCAUUUGGAAUAGGUCGACGGCAAUGUCUGGGCGAGUCUUUGGCCAGGAUGGAGCUGUUUAUCUUCUCAGCAGCAUUGCUCCAGAACUUCACCUUCUCUCCAGCACCCUCAAAAGAGAUUGACCUGUCUCCUGAAACUGUUCCAUUCGCACAGUUUUCAAAACUUCAAGAUAUUGUCAUUACUAUCAGGAAGUAGUGGUGUACUAAAGUUAGUUUGAUAUCUUUGCUAUAUAUCCUGUUGAUGGUAAUCAUAUUUUAAUUUUAACCCUUUGAGGGUUUUGGUCGUACUAGUAUGUCUUACGCGUAGGGGUUUUUUUGACGUACUAGUACGCAUAAAUUCUAGCGGCCUCAAAUCUAGUGGGAGAAAGCUGGUAGGCCUUCAUAUGAAAGAAUGGGUCUAUGUGGUCAGUGUGCACAGUCUAAAAAAAAUCCUGCAGCACACAGUGCAUAAUGAGAAAAAAAAAAACUUUGACCAUUUUUUUGGAAUAAAUCAGCGACUUUGCAGUGUAUUUUCGUAUGGUAUUUAUUGUUGUAUUCUAGUUUUCUUGGUCUCAUUUUAUAGAAUGGAAGACAUAUUACAGAAAUUGAGAUGAUUUUGACUGGUUUUACAAUGAAAGGUGCCUUGAAAUUGAGCUCAAAGUAGCAGAAAUGUUCGAUUUUUACCAAACUUCAAAAGUAAACAAAUCGUGCCAAGCGUGCAAUACACGUCAACUGGUGAGUCUAAUAUUCUUUCACAAGUGCACCAAUAAUAUUUAUACCAUUUUUUACACUAAUGCAGUAGUCUGCAUAACAGUAAAUUUUGUAUUUUUUUGUAUGAAUAAAAAAUCAAAAUAGAAAGCAAUAAUAAUAUAAGAGGGGCCUAGAGAUGUGACUAAUGAACAGAGGAUAUGUUAUUUUAGUGCCAAGAAUAUCUACCUUGUUUAUUCUGGACCCUAUUUUGAAAUUGGCAUCUUUUUUAGUUUGCGUGAAAUUGGCCAAAUUGCCAAUUUCUGACCACAAUAUUGGGUAGUCCAAAUUGGUAAA